UUUGGGUGUAGUUACGGACCGGCCGGCGACCGGUGGCGGAUAGCGGCGGGCAGCCAUUGAAUUGGGUGCCACAGUGUGUGAGAGGCGUGAUCGUGUUCCGCACAGUGCAGCGGCACGGCAGUGUCGGGCCAAACAAAAGGCGGGUGACGGCCCGCAGGUGCGGUGCUACCGCCCACGUCAUACGACAGUGUCACGUGUCUGUGACAGUGAAUCAGACUGGCGCGGGCCGGCCGCCGCCGCCGCCGCCGCCCACCAGUCCCCGCCGCAGCCGGUCCUAGUCGGUGUCUGAGCUCCGCGCCGGCUCCCCUGCUGCUGCUGCUGCUGCUGCUCGCUGGACCGACCCUCGGUCUCGACUCGUGCCCGUCCGUUCAGACCAAUCCCAGCGCCAUGGAGCCGGUGACCAGCCACCAGGCGCAGGCGGCCUCCCGGCUGUACCGAGUGCUGGCAGAGGCGGCCGGCGACGACAACGUGUUCCUGUCGCCGUUCAGCAUCGCCACCGCGCUGUCCAUGGCCUUCGGCGGCGCCGGCGGCGACACGGCGCUCCAGCUGCGGCAGGCGCUGGCGCUGCCCGAGGACGCCGCGGCGCUCCACGACGGCUACGGCAAGGUGCUGGCCAAGCUGAACGACCCGCCGAACGUCACACUCAGCACCGCCAACAAGAUGUACGUCCAGAACUCCUACAAGAUACUGGACAGCUACCUCGAGCUCAUGAAGAACCAGUACCUCAGCGAGCUGAAGAGCGUGGACUUUGCAGACGCGGCCGGCACGAGCAAACUGAUCAAUGAUGACGUGGAUUCACUGACGAGAGGGAAAAUCAAGGACUUGAUCGAUCCGAGUGCCCUGAACGCACUUGUCCGCCUGGUGCUGGUGAAUGCCAUCUACUUCAAGGGCUCGUGGCAAGAGAAGUUUGACAAGAAGGCGACGCAGAAGCAGGACUUUUUCGUCACUCCAGACAGCGCCGUGAAGACGGACAUGAUGUACAUGGACGGCAAGCGCUUCAACUGCGGCGUGCUCUCCGACCUCGGCUGCAAGGCUCUGGAGCUGCCGUACGAGGGCAGGCGGUUCAGCAUGUUGCUGCUGCUGCCCGACAAGAAGGACGGACUGAAGGCUCUGGAGGAGAAGCUUGCCAACACACCGGUCCAGUCCAUCAUGCAGAAGCUGCACAGUGAAAAGACUACCAUCAGCAUCCCCAAGUUCAAGUUGGAGACGUCCUACAACCUCGAAGACCAUCUGAAGAAGCUGGGCAUCGUUCACUUGUUUGAUUUCAAUUCGGCGGACCUGUCCAAGAUAUCGGGCAACAAUGACCUCUUUGUGUCCAAGGUAGUCCACAAGGCCUUCAUUGAGGUCAACGAGGAGGGCGCCGAAGCGGCCGCCGCCACGGGCAUGAUCAUGAUGAUGCGAUGCAUGCCCAGGGAGCAGUUUGAGUUUUUUGCCAACCACCCGUUCUUCUUCGCUAUCGUUGACAACGAGGUCGGUGUGGUUCUGUUCUCCGGCCGUUACGUCAAGCCCGAGUGAGCGGCAUACCAACAGGUUCAAUAUGUUAACAUGGGUCUAGUCACUGUGUGCCUUGUGGACUUUAUAUAAUCACUGCAUUUUUCGGAAGGAAAGGGACGGCCCCUGGUGCGAAUCCCGUCUUGUUCGAUGCUGUCUAUGUGAUAAACAAA